GGGACCCGCCUCGCGCGCGUCCGCAAUGGUGCGCGAGACGGAUGGCGAGCGCGGCGGCAUCGUCAUGCCGCCGCCGCAGACGCAGUGGAUCCUCGACGCCAUCAACAAGAUCAAGCAGCAGAAGCAGCGUCCGUCGGUCGAGCGCAUCUGCAGCGCGGUGCGGCAGACGCACGACGUCGCGCCGGACGCCGUCACGCGGCAGCUCGACAUCGCCGUCCGCGACGGCGCCAUCCUCAAGGUGCUCAACAAGGGCCUGUGGACGUACAAGGACCCGGCGAUGUGGACGCGCAACAAGGGCCGCGUGCUGAAGCUGGGCCGCGGCGGCGGCGAGCUCGUCAAGGUGCUCGUGCGCAGCAUCAAGGAGCUGGGCGACGCCGCUGGCUCCUCGCUGAAGUCCGUCGAGAAGUACGUGCAGCGCAGCUAUGCGAUCGAGGGCGGUGACGGAGCGGACCUCGCGCUCGCGCUGCGCGCCGCUGCCAAGCGCGCCGUCGCGCAGGGCCUCGCGACGCAGGACGGCCGCCACUACCGCGCCGUCGCCACGACGAUGGCGGCGUCCAGCGGCUCGGACGGCAGCGGCGACGCGGCGAAUCGCUCGGCGUUCAUGAACGGACUCAACAUCACGAUCCCGGACGGUCUCGAUUUCCCCGUCGUCAUUGCGCAGGAGGAGAAG